AUGCUUCGGAUCUAUGGUUUAGACGGUCUCAUCGGAGACACAUUUCAUUGCAUUAGUGGACGUCCGUUGGUGUCGGCAUUGUUAGGCAAACUGAAUGUUUUGUCGACCGUAACGAAAACAUUGUCUAAUUUGCUGACAAAUCCUGUGCCAAACACUGGUGGGUCCGACUCUAUUGGAAGCCUUCUUCCGGAUCAACCGUUUCCUUAUCCUGAAACAGAUUCGAAAGAAGUGCUGAAAUCGUCGGUCAAACCAUCGUUGGCUUCUAUACUCAAUCCAUUGCUAUAUAAUAUAAGAGGAAUUGUAGGUCCAAUAGACUUGGGUCCCAAUUUAUAUCAUAUGACUGGUAUUUCAUUGCCAAUUGUAGGACAAUCAGCACCGAAUGGCAGACCUAUUAAACUAUAUCAAUACCCGGAUCAAUCCAAUCCUAUGAUCUCUUACCCAUUGGAAUCAGGCAAUAAAAUUGAAGAUCAAACAAAAGAUAAAUCUAGCAGUGAGUCUACAACUAAAUCUACCGAUCAGUCUACAGACUCAACACCGAUUUUGGCAUCAACUUUUACACCCACUUUGACAUCCACUUUGACAUCCACUUUGACAUCCACUUUGACAUCCACUUUGUCAUCCACUUUGACAUCUACUUUGACAUCCACUUUGUCAUCGAUUUCUACGAAUUCGGAAAAUUCAGGGAUUUAUUAUGGAAAAGGAAUGGCAUAUAUACCCAAAUCUGAUAAGGAUUCAGCUAAUGAACAAACAACAGAUAAACCUAACAGUGAGUCUACAACUAAAUCUACCGAUCAGUCUACAGAUUCAACACCGACUUUGACAUCAACUUUGACAUCCAUUUUGACAUCAACUUUGUCAUUGCCAUCGAAUGGAAGAAAUCAAUAG